CAGUCAGAGGAAUAUUAGUCCUUCAUUAAACGUGUUGAUGCUACGUCUCGUACUCAACAACAGUAAUGCAGUCGGACGCCGGUGUCACGGUGAACCGAAACAAAGCAUGAAUAUGGUGAACUUAAAAUGCUGAGGGCGUAUCAAAUACUCACAACACACUGCCGGAGUGCAUAAUUAUCGAAAACGUAUUGCGUACCUGUGAUUCCACGUCCUCUGAAAAUAAAAAUACCAAACUGCUGAUGACGGAAGGUGGAUUUCCAAACAUGGAUAUGAAGAAGGAAGGCGUGCGAAGAAACCCUAAAGAAACAGCGAACUUUCUGAGCUGGCUGAGUUUCGGGUGGACGUUACCGAUUUUUUCCAAAGGAGUCAAACGCGGCUUGCAUAUGACAGAUUUAUACGAUCCUAUGAAAGCUCAUAAAUCCGAUGGUCUCGGUAAACGUCUGGAAAUGGAAUGGAAGAAGGAAUUAACGAAGAUGGGAAAAGACCCGAACUCGAAGAGCCGGCCAAGUUUGAUGUGGGCUCUGAUCAGGAUAUUCUGGGUUCCGUUCAUGCUCCAAGGAGUGCUUUUCGUGAUUCUGUUGCUCGGGCUAAAAAUCAUAGAGCCAUUAUGCCAGAGAUGGGUGAUGGGCUACUUCAAUUCCGGGGAUAAGAUGAUGCCCCAAAACGAAGCUCUCCUCUACGCUGCCACCUUGACUUUCGUUACUCUCGCUAUAAUAUUCAUCGAUCAUCACAACACUCUGCGCACCCAGGAACUCGGAAUGUGCAUCAGGAUUGCGUGCUGUUCGAUGAUAUACAGAAAGCUUCUACGUCUCGAUCUGACUACGGUAAAGAAUGCCGCUGCGGGAAAAGUUGCUAACUUGAUAAGUAACGACGUGGCUCGAUUUGACGAUGUUCUAAACUGUCUUCACCUCGUUUGGAUCAUGCCGUUACAGAUGUUAUUGAUGGGAUAUGUUAUAUGGCAAUCUGUGGGCAUAGCAACGUUAGCCGGGGUGGCAGCGAUGGUAAUUCAGACUUUGCCAGUCCAAUCGUACCUAACCCACAUUAGUGCCAAGCUGCGAUCGAAGAUUGCAGAAAGAACUGAUGAGAGAGUGCAGAUCAUGAGCGAGAUGAUUUCCGGGAUACAGGUAGUCAAGAUGUACGCAUGGGAAAAACCGUUCGAGCUGAUAGUAUCGAGAGUUCGAAAGUUGGAGAUGAAAUUCAUUGCUCACUCGUCUCACCUAAGAGCAGCAUUUGUCGGCAUGAUAGAACUUACGGGGCGAGGCACAAACUACGUGACCAUGAUCACGUUUGUACUGAUGGGGAAUCCUCUGACUGCUGAAAUAGUGUUUCCUGUGGCUACUCUACUCAAUACACUGCGAGUGACAUGUGCUGCCGAACUGCCGACAGCCAUUACCUCGGCUGCUGAGGCCGGUGUAUCUUUGAAAAGAAUAACAGAAUUCUUACUGUUGGACGAAGUAAAAGAAAUGGAAUAUUCCGAAAAUUCAGUCACUGACGGCAUGAUACAACAUAAUGCCCAUGAUGCAGCAACUGUAAUACUCGAGACUGAGGCAGAUGUCGAAAUGAAGUCUCUGCUGGGGAAAGAGAGAUCUGUGCUCAAAAUUGAACCAACUGAGGACAAAAUUGAAACAACUGAGGACGGUGAAAUAGAAAUUGUAGAAAAUAGAACAGGUGACGAGUUCAGACAUGAAAUUGGUAUCGAAUUGGUUAAUGUUGCUGCAAACUGGAUUGGCGAUCGGCUUCCACCAACUUUAUGCGAACUGUCGUUGAAAAUAAAGAGUAAAUCGCUCUCCGUUAUCGCGGGGUCUGUUGGCUCGGGAAAGUCAUCAUUGCUGCAUCUGCUCUUAGGCGAGUUGUCGGUCGGAGCUGGCAGACUAUUAUUUCACAGUGGCGGCGACAGUAAGAAGACUAGAAUCAAUAGCCGAGACAUUCGCAUAUCUUACACAAGUCAAGUUCCAUGGAUUUUUGCUGCCUCCGUACGCGAAAACAUUUUGUUUGGCCAGCCCUACGACGAAAAACGAUACCAAGAAGUGACAAGAGUUUGCGCGCUCGCUAAAGACUUCGAGCAGCUGCCUCAGGGUGACUUGAGCUUUGUUGGGGAACGAGGAGCAUCUCUUUCGGGAGGUCAAAGAGCUCGAGUCAAUCUGGCCAGAGCCAUUUACAAAGACGCUGAUCUUUAUUUGCUGGACGAUCCUCUGAGCGCUGUUGAUGCUCACGUCGGUCGUCAUUUGUUCGAAAAAUGCCUGAAAGGUUUUCUGGAUGGCAAAACCCGGAUUCUCGUUACUCAUCAGUUGCAAUUCUUACAGCACGUUGACGACAUCAUUUUCAUUGACCGUGGUACCGUCAUACGUCAAGGAACUUACGAUGAGAUAGCCGCUGCUGGCUUGCAUGCAUUAGAUUUUCUGAAGACAGAAAAAACUGGCGAAACCGAAGAAAUGCAAGACAGACACGAGGAUAAUGUAAGUGACAAGGCAAUACAUAGAGCUGCAACUGACAUUUCUGAGUCAAUCGAACCUUCGACCAGUAACAAAGAAUCGGAGAAACUCACCGAAGAGAACGUCGGGGAGGGGAAAAUAUCGAUACAGAUAUACAAGAGUUACUUCUUGGCGGGGGGAAAUAUAAGUUCGUUGAUCUUCCUCGUUUUAAUUUUCAUAACAGCUCAAGUAAUGAUAAGUGCCAGUGAUUAUUGGUUAACCUAUUGGACGAAUCACAAUGUUCAUAAAGAUCGCUUGCAGUCGAACGAUUCCAUUGUUAAUCAGGAAGCUCAAUCAUAUUGGUUUAAUAAAUACGGGCUGCUCCGUACAGACGUUGCGAUUGAAGUGUAUACAGCGUUAUUCGUAGCCAACAUUUUUUUCCUAAUGCUCCGCGGCCUUCUCUUCAUGAGAACUUGCAUGAACGCCAGUCGCAACAUACACAACUCCAUGUUCUCAAACCUUUUAUGUGCUCCGAUGAGAUUCUUCAACACGAAUCCAGCCGGGAGAAUCUUGAACCGAUUCUCGAAGGACGUGGGUGCGAUGGACGAACUCCUACCAAAAGCAAUGCUGGAGGUAUUCCAAAUUUUUUUCGUCAUGAUCGGAAUCUUCUGCAUUGUGAUAUUCUUCAUACCCUUGGCGAUUUUGCCAGUGGUUACCAUAAGUGGACUUUCGUAUUGGGUGACAAUGACGACCCUCAAGACUGCCGAGAGUAUCAAACGACUGGAAGGAAUUGCCAAGAGCCCAGUCUUCUCGCACGUCAGUUCUACUCUGGAUGGAUUAACGACAAUACGAAGCUGUGGUGCAAAGGUCGCAGACACGCUGCGGCAGGAGUUCGACCGUCAUCAAGAUUUGCACACUGGUGCAUGGUACAUGACAAUUGCUACGUCGACUGCCUUCGGGUUUGCCCUCGAUCUGCUUUCGUGCUUUUUCACGACUUUUGUUUGUUUCUCGUUAAUCCUUUUGAACGAUGGUAACUUUCUCAGCGGGUCCGCGGGCUUGGUGAUUACACAAUGUUUGCUUAUGACUAGCACGCUGCAAUAUGGUAUGAAGAAAUUUACCAUCGUGGUUUCGCAGAUGACUUCGGUGGAGAGAAUUCUUCAAUAUACUGAUUUACCCAAGGAAGGACCGUUCACCACUGAGAAACCUCCGCCAUCUAAUUGGCCUUCCAAGGGUGAUUUGGUCUUCAACCAUGUAUCGAUGAGAUACGCCGAUGACAAACCACCGGUAUUAAAGGAUCUCAGCGUGUGUAUAGAGGCCGGCUGGAAAGUUGGCAUAGUCGGAAGGACCGGAGCUGGCAAAUCUUCCCUCAUCUCGGCUCUGUUCCGAUUGACUGGAGAUGGACUGGAGGGUGAAAUCGUUUUGGACGGGAUAGACACGAAGACUAUUGGGUUGCAAGAUCUGCGCUCCCGCAUUUCUAUCAUACCCCAGGAGCCAAUUUUGUUUUCAGCGAGUCUUCGCUACAACUUGGACCCGUUUGAUCAGUACUCGGAUUCAGAGUUAUGGGACAGUCUACGGGAAGUAGAACUUGGGGACUUGGUAUCAUCCCUUAACUUUCCAGUAGAUGAGGGUGGAGCUAACUUUAGUGUUGGACAGCGCCAGUUGAUCUGCUUGGCUAGAGCAAUUCUCAGAAACAAUCGGCUUCUCGUGCUCGAUGAAGCUACUGCCAAUAUUGAUCGAAGCACCGACGCUCUGAUCCAGAGUACCAUAAGACGAAGAUUUUCUGAUUGUACGGUACUGACGAUAGCACAUCGAUUGAACACGGUAAUGGACAGUGAUCGACUCUUAGUCAUGGAUGGAGGAUGCAUCGUGGAAUUCGGUCCACCAAAUUUGCUCUUGGAAAAUCCAAACGGUUACUUUACGCAAAUGCUUAAACAAACUUCAAAAAGGACUUUGGAAAAUUCUUGACGAAAAAUCUCCUAUAACAUCUGAUGGAUGAUUGACGUCAUAAUCAGGCCAGACUCAAUAAACACGAUAAAAAAAUCCUACCACACAAAACGUCAUCCUAUAACUCUACAACAAUGUAAUUAUUCAAAAGAAAUUCACUUUGUAACAAAAUGAUAUUCAACGUUUCUGGAUAACUUACAAAUAUCUAUAUGUAUAAGCUGUCAUACAUUCAUAAGUAAAGUUAA